UCGAUCGCGAGUGACUACACCCUUGUGAGUUAACAAUGUUGUCCGUUGAGCAGAACUAUUCCAGGCUUUUCAGGCCUUGGGAUGUAAGUGAGAAGAAAAUCGAAACGCCGAAGACUUUUACGAGUGAAACGACAGAUUUGGAAGAUGUUAAAACAAAGAAGAGGAAACUGGAUGAGACUAAACGAGAGAAUCGUCUACGCAAAAUCCGCGGGACUUUCAAGAAACCUGAAAACAUUCAUCAAGACGCUACAGUGUCUACGACGACUGACGACGUUGGAGAUGACAAAAAAGUAACACCAGAAACUUUAGAAUCGCCUGUUGCAAGUUUAACCAUGUGCUGCGAUAGGCUGUUACAAGAACCGGAGAAGACAUUGAAGACUGAAAAACCCGCCAAAGCUGUUCCAGUGGAAACAGUGUAUUCUCCAAACCCUCCACCAACCGUAAUGCCUCAUCCAAAUGUGUACAAUCCUUACAUGGCUGAUUACCUCCCAGCAGCAGACAUCGCUCAAGCGUUAGGAGUCCCACCGACUGACCCUUUACUAUUAGAAUCGCUAGCGCAAGGAUAUGCCAUGGAACUGGAGUACGCCAGGAUUCUUCAGCAAGAGAACGAAGCGAAGCUUUUAAACGCUAGAAAACAGCGUCCGAAGAAGUACAAGUGCCCGCAUUGCCAAGUGGGGUUCUCGAAUAACGGUCAGCUAAAAGGGCACAUCAGAAUUCACACUGGGGAAAGGCCUUACAAGUGCGACGAGAAUAAUUGCGGGAAGACGUUUACCAGGAACGAGGAGUUGACCAGGCACAAGAGGAUACAUUCUGGGGUGCGGCCGUUUCCGUGUCCCACUUGUGGGAAGAAGUUUGGGAGGCGGGACCAUUUGAAAAAGCAUACGAGGACGCAUUACUUGCAGGCGGAGAGGAUGAUGCCAGUAUUUGUGCCGUUGUCGGCUGUGCAACACGUUGGAGGUUUUCCUUAUUUAUAUGGAUACUAAUAGGUAGUCUGGAAAAUUCUAAAUAUUUAUAGUUGGAGCGUUUUCUCAAGUCAGCGUUACAAUAAAAGUUAAUACUGCAAAAUUGUAUCAAUUGAAAUGUAGCAAUUCAAAUCAAAAUUGUGUCUUGUCUUUAGAUAGUUAAAUAAAAUGUAUUGUUAUAAAAAGAAACGCUUU